AUGCUAUUUACUCUUAACAUUAGAUUGCUCAGUCUUCAAAUUUUCCUGGUUUCUGGCGCGUGGUGUGCAGAUGCCUUCACUCUAAACAACUUACCUAGCCAGCUGGAACCUCUGGGCACCAUGAAACUGAAGUAUUUGGCCCAUGGGAAGGGUAAUCAAUAUUAUGCAUGCGACAAGGGGAGAUGGACCCUAGCUGCUACAGUGGUCGAAGACAAACAAUUGCAAUGGGACGCGAGGUACACACCACCGAAGACACCAAUCAGGCCAACCCAAAUCGUCGGAAAUCAUCCGUCCAUGGGUAAAAUGCAGCUUCCAGGUGGCCUCAUCCACAUCGAGAGAAAGCAUCAUGCACCCGAUCCGAACCACAAGAGUCUUGAUUGGGUACAGCUUGAUGUCUUGGGAUAUAGCAUGUUGAAAAGGAUUUACCGCACCCACACUUCUGGAGGAAUCCCAUCCAGACCCACAUGCAAUCCAUCUGACCAGCCAAUGGCAGUUGAGUUUUCUGCUACUGUGAGAUUCAAAUAUCCUUUCAUCUUUUAG